AACCAACCACGGUACUUGCCGGCCAUGUCGACCCCGCCGCCGACCUCCUCCCCUUCAACCCCGCCAGGUUCCUCUCCGUCGGCCACCCCCUCCGCGCCUUCUCCGUCCGCUUCCGCCGCGCCGCCUCCGACCUCCCCACCGCCACUCGCCACCCCGCCCUCCUCGCCUCCUCCCUCUCCAUCCCCUCCUUCGGCCUCGCCGCCUCCCUCCAGCGCUUCCGGCUCCCCUCCUCCCCCACCGGCGAUCCCAUCCGCCUCGCCCCCGCCGCCUCACUCAGGGCGAUCGUCGCCCUCCCCGCCUUAUCCUCCGCCACCCAAGACUCCGUCUACCCGGUCUCCGCCGCGGCCCCCGUCGUCGUCGUCGAGCUCUAUCUCGACUCCGCUUGUCGUUGGGGUAGCCGUGGGCGGGGUGGCGUUCCUCCUGCUGCUCAGCUUUAUGUGCGUCUGUUGUUGGAAAAAGAAGCGCCAGCCGCCGCCGCCGCUGCCACAUUACUACGGAGCUCCCUCACCGCCUCCACCGGGAAGAAAAGAUGAGCGGUACGGCGAGUAUUGGCAACAUAAUGCUCCGCUUCCAGCAGAUCAUGCUGUCAAACUACCCCCAGGACCUCCUCCACCAUUCGCUUCGCGCCCUCCGCACUCUCCAGGCCAUUUGCCCCCUCCACCUCCUCCACCUAUGAUAAGUAGCAGCGGUGGUUCUGGGUCCAAUUACUCUGGGUCUGAGGCUCCACUGCCCCCACCACCUCCCGGCGUUGCCCUUGGCGUCUCAAAAGGCACCUUCACUUAUGAAGAACUGGCUCUGGCAACAGAUGGGUUCUCUGAUGCUAAUCUUCUCGGACAGGGUGGUUUCGGUUAUGUGCAUAGAGGAGUACUUCCAAAUGGCAAUGAAGUCGCGGUCAAGCAAUUGAAAACAGGUAGCGGACAGGGUGAGCGUGAAUUCCAUGCAGAGGUCGAGAUUAUUACUCGUGUUCAUCACAAGCAUCUCGUUUCGUUGGUUGGAUACUGUAUUUCUGGAGGCAAGAGGCUGCUUGUUUAUGAAUAUGUGCCUAAUAAUACAUUGGAGUUCCAUUUGCAUGGGAGAGGUAGACCAACUAUGGAAUGGCCAACACGAUUGAAAAUUGCAUUAGGUUCUGCAAAGGGUCUAGCAUAUCUUCAUGAGGACUGCCACCCUAAAAUUAUUCACCGUGACAUUAAGUCAGCCAACAUCCUUCUUGAUUAUAAGUUUGUGCCAAAGGUCGCAGAUUUUGGGCUUGCAAAGUUUGCUUCUGAUAAUAAAACCCAUGUUUCAACAAGAGUUAUGGGAACAUUUGGUUACCUGGCACCUGAAUAUGCAUCUUCGGGCAAACUCACUGACAGAUCAGAUGUCUUUUCAUUUGGUGUCAUGCUUCUGGAGCUAAUCACCGGACGGCGACCUGUUGAUUCAUCCCAAUCUUUCAUGGAUGAUAGCUUAGUUGACUGGGCAAGGCCGUUGCUUGCACGAGCUCUUGAGGAUGGCAACUACGAUGCCCUUGUUGAUCCAAAGUUGGGUGAGAAUUUUAACCCUAAUGAGAUGGCUCACAUGAUUGCCUGUGCAGCUGCAUGUUUGCGUCACUUAGCACGGCGACGGCCAAGGAUGGGUCAGAUCGUCCGUGCCUUAGAAGGAGAUGUGUCUCUCGAAGAUUUGAACAAGGGCAUCAGACCAGGUCACAGCAGGUUGUACAGUUCGUAUGACAGCUCGGGCUCUGAUUCUGGGCGGUAUAACGAGGUUAUGAAGAAGUUCAGAAAAAUGGCGUUGAUGGCACAGGAAUAUGCCAGCAGCGAGUACAAUGCACCGACGAAUCCGUCAGCAUCGAGUGGUGAAGAUCAACACACACAGGAAACGGAGAUGGGGAAGAAAGAAAGGCCACCAUGGUUAUGACUUACGGUAGCAGCUUGUGAGGAACCUUUGCAGUUGAUUCAAAUGUAAAGCAAAGCAAAAGAGAUGGAUGAUAUGAUGUUCGUCAUUUAACUAUAGUUUCUGAAUUUUUUUUUUACAGAUUCUUUUCGGUAUAUGUUUGUAAGUUUUGAUCGAAUAAUGAUGAAGUAACCGAUUCAUUUUAC